GGAAAGAGGAUGGAUUUUUCUCGAUCUACUGUGGAUUGGAUGCUCUUGCCAGUUGCCACGCGAUUUGUGAGGCGAAAUGCAAUCAUGCUCUGAGUGGCCGCCGGCGUCCACCACCCAACUCACAAAGCAUCGUCCGGUCCUCAGUCGCAAUCUGCUUCCGCUUUGCAUCCAAUUCUCCGUUCCUCUCCAUAGGACAAUGGGCGUGAGAAGUAAGCAGUGAGACCAUCGACCACCGCGCACAAACCCGACUAGCUGGGAGGCCUCUCGUCGCCGACGACGGCGACGCGACCGAGAUCUGCAGGCCGCUGCAUCCUGAAGCUGGAACCCCGAAAACCCCAUUUCCUCUUUCUCCUUGGGUUGUAACCUCGCCGCAGUUGAGUUUAGUGAGCGUCAGGCAUACUGAUCAAAGGCCUCUUUCGCGAGAAGAAGAAGAACGAAAGGCCCUCCCUCAUCUGACGGCAUCAAAGUGUCAUAGUGUCGUUGCUCUACUUCUGCUACUGUGUCCUCCUUCACCUGCUACGGAGGCCAAGACUUUGGUGUAACCUCAUACUCAGCUCCUUUUGUCCGCUCGUGGAGCAGUUUCCCCGGCGCGUGGUAGAGGGAAAAUGGAGGGGGCGGCAAAGGCCAUCUUGAGCAAUGGUGCGCAGGUGCUGGGUGCGGAGUAUCGCCUGCUCCGCGGCGUCGGCCCCAGGGUCGUUGAGCUUCGCGACGAUCUGGACACCAUGAGUGCCCUCCUCAUCAUGCAGUCCGAGGCCGGGGACGGCGCCGCCAUGGACCACUUCGUCCGGGUGUGGAUGAACCAGCUGCGCGAGCUCUCCUACGACUCCGAGGACUGCAUCGACCUCUACAAGCUCCGCAUCAAGUCCAGGCCGAGCGACGGCGUGCGUCCCUGGCUGGAGCGCCUGCUCGGGACGCUCCUGGCGCGCCGCCGCCUCGCCAGCCAAAUCGCCGCCCUCCGAACCCGCGCCGUCGCCAUCGGCGAGCGCCACGCGCGGUACGGCGUCGACCGAGACGCGCUGCGCCGCUGCUCCCCUUCUUCGUCAUCUGCACCUCCGGUCCUGGCGGCGUCUGCGCAUGCGCUGCCCCCCGCCCACGACCCCCAGCACCACCACCCCGUCGGCAUCGACGGCCAGGCGGAAACCCUGGCCAAGCAGCUGGUCGACGGAGAGAGCCGUCCCAUGGUUCUCUCCAUCGUGGGUUUUGGGGGCCUCGGCAAGACAACGCUGGCAAAGGAGGUGUGCCGGCGGCUAGAGGCGGACUUCCCGUACCAAGCGCUGGUGUCGGUGUCUCAGGCGUUCGAGACCGUCACGGAUCUCGAGGAACUGUGCAAGCGGGUGCUUGACCAGAUCGAGAUGGUUAAAGCAGAGAAUGCAAGAGGCACCAAGAAUGAUCAAACACCGCUGGCACAACUAUCGGACGACAAAGAUCCGGCUCACAAGCUCAAGGAGUUUCUCAAGGACAAGAGGUACCUCAUUGUGAUCGAUGAUGUGUGGACCGUACGAGCAUGGGACGCAAUCCAAUCCAAGGUGUUGUUGAGAAAGAACAGCUGCUACAGCAGAAUUAUCGUGACCACUAGGAUAGAAACUGUGGCGAAAGCAUGCAGUCCUGCAAUCGGUGGGCGACACUACAUACAUCGCAUGGAACGCCUCAAGCCCCAAGAUUCCAAGAAGUUGUUCCUUGCAAGAACAUUUGGCAACAAGGAGUGCCCCAAGGAGCUUGUAGCUACAACUGAGAAAAUUUUAAGAAGAUGUGCUGGGCUGCCAUUGGCCAUUGUUAGCAUCGCUAACGUUUUGGCAGGCUAUACAUCAGCAGGAAGCAAAUAUAAAUGGGAAUCAAUCUACAAUUCAAUCGGUUCUCAGAUGGAGAGCAACCCCACCCUUGAAGGGAUGAAGCAGAUCGUCACACUCAGCUACAACCACCUGCCCCAUGAGCUCAAGGCCUGCAUGAUGUACCUUAGCAUAUUUCCGGAGGAUUACGAGAUCGACAAGCAUCGGCUCCUGUGUAGAUGGAUUGCUGAAGGAUUGGUCCUGGAGAAGCGGGGCUUGACCCUAAUGGAGGUUGCUGAAUCAUACUUGGAUGAGCUAGUAAGCAGGAACAUGAUUGAAUUGCGUGUUGAUUUCGACUACUACUGGAGAGUGGAGCUGUGCCGGGUGCACGACAUGCUUCUUGAGGUCAUGGUGUCCAAGUCCCUGGAGAGUAACUUCGUCAGCCUUCUAGGAGGGCAAUAUGCAGGGUUGUCGUAUGGCAGGAUUCGUCGUCUCUCCAUCCAGGGGAACGCAGAGCAACACAGCAAAAAGAUGCCAGGACACGGCAUCGAGGGGAUGGAUGUGGAGCAUGUCCGAUCACUGAGCAUGUUUCAACAAGGAGGGCAGAAGCUGCUCGAUCGCCUAGACAAGUUCCCGCUGCUGAGGGUACUUGACCUGGAAGGUUGCAAGGGCAUAACAGAAGGUCAUAUGAAGUGUAUCUGUAGGCUGUACCUUCUCAGAUUCUUGAACUUGAGAGGUACAGAUAUCCGGCAGGUGCCGCCUAAGAUCAAGAACCUAGAGCAUCUGCAGACGCUUGAUGUACGUGACACCGAUGUUGAGGGGCUACCGGACACUGUCAAGGAGCUUUACAAGCUCGAGCGACUGCAGAUAGCGCACAAUGAUGUUUCAAAGUACAUGUGGCAGCUUCCCCUAGGGCUCAAUAAGAUGAAGGCGCUGCGCGAGGUGGCUUUCUCAUGCCUCGGAAAUGAUGUGCAGGUUGCAAAAGAAGUGGGUGAGCUAGAACAACUUGAAGAGAUAAGUGUCUACGUCGACACCGACAUCAUCAAGGACGACAAGGUGCUCCCAGAGCUUGCCAAAUCAUUGAGCAAGUUAUACUCCCUCCGACGCCUCAUCAUAGGAGAUGUGGGUUACGACAAGGGAGCACUCGACUUUCUCCAUACAAUGCCCGAGCCGCCGUCGCAACUCCUCCGGUACCUUAUGAUCGCCGGCGGCAUUAAUGGUUUGCCCUCCUGGAUCGGGUCACUCGUUCACCUUGUUCAGUUCAGCAUGUCUUGGGGACAGCUUGUUGGUGAUCAGCUAUUCGACGGCCUGUGUAAGUUACCAAGCCUCAAGAUCAUCUGCAUUCAGCAAAUGUGCUACGUCGACCGGGACCUGGUUGCACGCACCAGACACGGUUUUCCGGAGCUCAGCGACCUGAGAGUGUCUUGUAACUUUGAAAAACCCAAUGUUCUUUGGUUCGAGAAAGGGUCCAUGCCAAAGCUCGAGACACUGCUCUUUAACUUCAUUGACUAUGAGAAGAGGAUCGACGGCAUCGAGCACCUGACCAGCCUCAAGGAGGUACACCUUUGGGGUAGGAAGAACAACCCUGCACUAGAGCGUGCCCUGGAGCAGCUCAGGGUUGAGAACCAGAGGCGCAGCGAGGAAUCCAUUAAACAGUUCCAGAUUACAGUCAAGUACGAGUAGUGAUCUCUAUCAGUCGGAUUAUACUUCAUGCAUUUGCUCAGCUCUUGUUUUGUUGUGCCAGUUUUUUGGGCUCAGCGUUUGUGCUCGAGCGCGUCAGUCGGUAGUAAUAAGCUCGGGCACGUUCGGCGUGCAGAGCACGAGUCAGGCGCCCGACGUCGUGCUGCGUUCACGCGGGGUGGCCAAUGUCCGAUCCGUUUUUCAUUUCCUUGCACACUUGUGGAUGCCAUACGCGCUGUGAUCUGCUCGUGGGAUGGCGCGAGUCGGUAGAUGCAUGUCCAUGGCCAGCAAGCGCGGCGGCAACAAGACCGCCCUCUCGUAGCUUUGUACUAUUCUUUAAACUAUUGUGUCCAUGUCCAUUUGCCCACAGGGACUUCA